AUCACUUAAGAUGACCUCUGGAUUUCUGGUCAAAUCUAGUUAUAUAGAGCUCUCUACUAUCACUUGCUUUCAAAUGUAAAGCAGCUCUUAGCUAUCAACUGGAUAUAGGCUGUAGGAUGUUUAUGAGCCUUUUCCCCACAAGAUGAGUGGCCGUGCCAUGCAGCAGUGAUGCUAUGAAAUGUAUGGAGGAGAACAAUAUGGAGGGCACCUGGAGAACAGUAUUGCAACAGGACAGAGAGCAGUGAGUGCUGAGACCUGAGUGCCAUGAAAUAAGUUUUAGAUGGAGAAGCUGGGCAGAGCAUCAAGCCUGGAGAACAAAGACAAUGUCAGAGUUAUCUGUGGUGGUGCUGUGGAAUAGAGGACCUGAAAGUUCCCUCUCUUAUGGUGGGACGUGCUGUGCAUGGCAUCCCAGAAGCAAGAAGCCAGUUUGCACUGCAUGAGCAUCUCCUUUUAAACACUUCUUUACUGCUUUGAUACUCUGUGCCCUGUCAGAGGACCACUGUGGGGAAUGUGUCAGCAGGUUGUUGUAUUUGUUUUCAUUUCUAAACAGCUGUGGCACCUUUUGAAGGCCAGGGUCCCUCCCCUUAAGGCACUGUAGACUACAGGCGUGGAAAACCAAAUGCAUUUGGCAUAAUUAAUACCACAGCAAAGCCUUGUCUUUUAGACAAAUUUUUUCAGAUAACCUACUUAUCAUAAAAACACAACAGCAUAGCUAAGAAUAUAUUAAUUUUAUGGUUUAGGCAUAUUUUUUCUCAAUAAUCCAUGUGUAGACAAAUAAAGUUAGCGAAGUACUUUACAUCUGCAGAUACGGAUAUGGAUAUUUUUUUUUCUACUUGAAUUAUUUCUCCUUGAUGGAACUUUUAAGCUUUUAACUUUUAAGCAGAUAACUAUUUCUUAGGGAUCCUCUACACUGUAGUUUAAUCAUUAUUCCAGCUUAUCAAAAAAGGUCACAAUGACCUUUUGUUGCUGCAUUUUGUACCUCUGUUAGCUAAAUUAAUGUCUGCUUGGAACAUAGAGUGAGAUCAGAGAAUUUGGGAAAGAAUAACCUCUGUGUGUGGAUUAAUAAAGGACUACACUUGCAGUGAAAUUAACAAUCACAUUCUUUCUGAGAAUCAGCCACUCAGUGGAGGCACUAAGGCAAAGGCAGUCCUCACAGUAGACCCAGGCAGUGUUUUGAAAGCUUAGUGUCUUCAAAGUUACUGUGGUGCCCUCCAGCAGGAACAUUAUCAACUUCCCAGAAGCAUUUGUAGCAUUUGAGGAAAAGUUCAAGUGAUAAAGGCACUCGGCACAGACAUUGUCUUGCUCUUGUCAAAGUAGCACUGCCCUACCCAAGGGCAUGACAUCUGCUCUGCUGUGCAUCAAGUGACAGGUGGGGGCUCCUUGAGAAAUGCCUUUUCCUUCUAGAUUUCACAAAUAGCUGCAUCUUUGCUCACCAUUCCCAUUUCCAGCACCCAGCUCUUGCAGCUCAGUGGCUGGGAUGAGUGUGGGACAGAAAAUGUGAUCGUUUGCUGAUAACUUGUGUAAAACCUCUGAGUUCAGGAGAAAUGGGGAAUAUUACUCAGAGAUAAAUAAUAGAAAAAAAAUAGAAUAAAAUAGAAAUCAAUAUAAAAGAUGCAUUUUUGAGGAUCUAUUAUUUUUUGAAACAAGAUAUUAUAAUAGAGAUGCUGGUGCUUAUUCAGACCCAAAGCUCUGCCUCCAGCUGUGUGAUGACAUCAGGCUCAGCCUUUGCUGAGUUUUUUUAGCCCUUACAAUUUUGGAGGUACGUUGGAAAAAGCAAACUGUAUUUCAAAAUCUGGGGGAACUAAUAAAUAGAGCUCUAAACUUAUUGAUUAUAAGGCUCUCAUACCCCUCCUCAAUCAGUCGGAUAUAGCAAGGGAAGUGACUUAAAGGAGCAAUUUUUGUUUGCUUUGUAUUUAUUUGAAAUCUGUGAUGGGCGUUUAGACCCCUUCUUGGCCCACAAAUGCUGUGUGAUUGGGUUUUUCUGCUGUUCUUUCUUGACAUUGCUGCUGGAGCAUAAGAUGACAACUCCAGCCUCCUCCGUGUCCUUUGACAUUCACUCCUUGCUGUGCUGUUGCACAUCUGCUCUCUUUUGGGAGAAUUAGUUAGUUCCAGUUCAUAGUUUAUUUCCAGAGCAGUUUAUUUUAAAUACAUGGUGUGUUGCGAGGAAAAAAAAAAGUGGUUGGUCUUUUCCCAGCAUCCUACCAUAGCCUUUUGAACAAAAAUGGCUGAUUAUUCAAAGUUAGCUUUAAUAUAUGCUAGGCUGCAGUAUGUGGUUGCUUACUGCUCUUUCUUCUGCAGAGGAAAGAUUCAAAAAGUCUUGUAAGUGAACUACAUACUCAGUGCUCUGCUUCCUCUUGGGCAGCUGAUGGAUUGGGGGUUGUGCUCUGCCAAAUCAGUUUCUUUUUGACACCAUUAUUUCUCUGCAGGCUUGACUUGAACCCACGUGCAGGGGUGGGAGCCACUAACCCCAGGAAACUUGCUGGAAAAUAAAUCCAAGAGAGCUCUUCCGAAUGUCUUGCUGAAAUGCGUGCAAAAUUAUUGCUGGUUUUUACUGUAUGUUGCAGUACUGUACUGUUGUGUUUUCUACUUUGAAGAUCCAUUUUAUGGCAUGACAGUCAUAUUUAUGUUUAGACUGGAGCUCUCUCAUAGAUAGGGAAUUAAACUUCAUCUGUUAGGGGGUGACUUGUCACAAGCCCACCAAAUGUCUCAGCCCUGCUAAAAUGUCUCCAUGCAAAAGGAAAAUGGAUAUAUAUUAUGUCCUUUCUCUGCAUUGAGCACUUCUGAGCAACAUCUCACUAAAGCAAGCUUGAAAAGCAGCAAGUCCUUGGACAGCUUCCUCUUUCUCACUCUAGCAGGAGCCAAGCUCACCCCAUGUAUUAUAUUUAUGUAAAAGACAUUAGGAUUGUUAGUUAAAUGUCUGUUUGGUCUAGACUGUGCCCUGGUUAUUUGUGCCUGAGUAGCUCCACUGGACAUCACUAUUUGCACAAACCAGCGGUUAGUCUGAGAGUAAAUGAAUCAGUUUCCUGCCAAAGCACUGACCUCCUGUGUUUGAUUGACCUGGCGAGUGGCCCUCAGCUGACAGCAGGCCAUAAAAAAGGGACUUCUGAGCAAAGGAGUGUCACUAGACUCUGAACCUCUUGGAGCCAUGAGGGCAAUACUGUUGGCUGUGGUUUACAUCCCGCUCAUCGUGGCUGUGGAACGAAUCCCCUUGAUUCGAUUCAAAUCUAUCAAGAAACAGCUGAAGGAAAAGGGAGAAUUAGAGGAAUUUUGGAGGAAUCACCACCCUGAUGUUUUUGCCCGGAGGUAUCUGCAUUGUUUCCCUGCAGAUAUUGCUUUAUCAGUAGGAACUGCUUCAGAAAGGCUGUAUGAUUACAUGAAUGCACAGUACUAUGGUGUCGUGAGCGUGGGGACACCGCCCCAGAGGUUCACCGUCGUCUUUGACACCGGCUCCUCCAACUUCUGGGUCCCGUCUGCCUAUUGCAUCAGCGAGGCCUGCAGGGUGCACCAGAAAUUUAAGUCCUUCAAGUCAGAUUCAUAUGAGCACGGAGGGGAAGCCUUCUCCCUGCAGUACGGCUCAGGACAGCUUCUGGGCAUUGCUGGCAAAGACACACUGCAGAUAAGUAACAUCUCCAUCAAGGGACAGGACUUCGGCGAGUCAGUGUUUGAGCCAGGAACAACUUUUGUCCUUGCCCACUUUGAUGGUAUACUGGGCUUAGGCUACCCCUCCUUAGCAGUGGGCAAUGCUCUGCCUGUGUUUGACAGCAUCAUGAACCAGCACCUGGUAGAGGAGCCAAUCUUCUCUUUCUAUCUGAAAAGAGGAGAUGACACCGAGAACGGCGGUGAGUUGAUUCUGGGGGGAAUAGACCAUUCUCUCUACAAAGGUUCAAUCCACUGGGUCCCAGUCACUGAGAAAAGCUACUGGCAAAUACACAUGAACAAUAUAAAGAUCCAGGGCCGGGUGGCAUUUUGCUCCCACGGCUGUGAGGCCAUCGUUGACUCAGGCACUUCUCUUAUCACCGGCCCCUCUUCACAAAUCAGGCGAUUGCAGGCAUAUAUUGGGGCGAGUCCAUCAAAUACUGGAGAGUUUCUUGUAGACUGCAGAAGACUGUCGAGCUUGCCUCACAUCAGCUUCACGAUCGGACACCGCGAGUACAAGCUGGCAGCAGAGCACUAUAUCAUAAAGGAGUCUAUUGAUGACCAAACCUUCUGCAUGAGCGGCUUUCAGUCUCUCGACAUCCCCACUCGCACGGGCUCGCUCUGGAUUUUAGGAGAUGUCUUCAUGUCUGCCUUUUACUGUAUUUUUGACCGUGGGAAUGACAGAGUGGGAUUUGCAAAAGCUGUUCACAGAAAGGAUUACUACUGAGCCAUAAUAGCAUUUAUUCUGUCUUAACUCAUGUUAAUGUAAUGAUCUUCAGCACAUACGAGAAGAAGAGCUUUUACUGCAACUCUGGACCUAGAUGCACAUUGUGUUAUUCCUCUCUAAGUUUUAAAGACUUUGCAGUGAUCCUUGUCCCAGAUGAUAUAGUUUGGUUAAAUAUCUAUAUGUUUACAUUGGUGAAACAAUUUUUCCUGAGUAACUCGUGGACACUACAACUCUCAGGAUAAAGCAGCAGAGCUGGUCAGCACCCAGAUUUGCAAAAGAUCAGGAAAAAUAAAAAUGCUGAACUAUUCCAGGCUGAAAAGAUAGCAGUUGUGUGUCGGGAAAACUAAUAUUAAUCCUGCCUGUUUUGGCUAUCUUUUUUUCUUCUUGUGUGCUAGUUUCCACCUAAUUUCUACAGCUUUCCUUUGCAUCAUUAUUUUCCAUGGUUUGGAUUUUGUUCAACUUUGUUUCCUGAGUGCCAUGGAAAUUCUCUUUAAAUUAGCUUGCUCCAACCAGCUUAUAUAAAAGGAAAUUUGACUGAUGCCUGUGUGGCCACUAAUAUCAACUACUGUUCCUGCACCAUUUCCUGCUCCUUACACCACCUCUCAAACCUGCUUUUUCCCUGGGAUUCAUUAUACCUCGGUCAUUCUCCUUUUUGGGUCUCGGCAUUGGGUCUGUGCCUUAGGUCAGAUGCUGCAUUUAGUGCCUGACUCCUCUCCUCCUCGGCAGUGUGAGCAGCUGCAGCAGCAUCCAUUCACAUCAGAAACCCAGACUGCAGCCCGUGCAAAGGGAUACCAGUGUUCUUCCACCUCAAAUGAGUUAUGGGACCCACGCACCAGCACUACACAUCUGCUGUCCCUCGCUCAGCCACUUCUUGUCAGCAGUGGCAGGAGUUCCAGAUGAAACAGCCACAGGUAGUUGCACUGAUUUGGCAAAAGAUUCACCUAAAUUCUACCCACUGGAUUAUUUGUUUGGAUUGCUAAAGCUGAUACUGCCCCAAUACACAUAAACAAAACUUAACCAAACAAAAU